AUGGCUGAAAUAAGUGACAUGAUGAAAUUGCUAACAGAGGCUCUAAAAGGACGGAGUGAUGAUAACCCACCACGAAAUACCGUAGCAGAUGAGAACGCGGUUAAUAGAACAAUUGAGCCAAACAGAGGAUCAGAUCCUAAAGUACCCACGCCAGAGAAACAAGAUUCUGGGAUAGGGGCCUUUAACAUACCGGAUGGUCCUGGGGAAGAUCAUGCCUACAUGUUCCAAAUCCCACAAGUGCUACAUAAAGAGAAGGAGUUGAAAGAAGAACUUGGAGAGAUGAAAGAUCAAUUGAAGGCUCUUCAAGGAUCAAACACGUGGGGUUCCUUAGACUUGAAAGAAUUAUGUUUGACCCCAGAAAUCGAUAUGUCCAUAUGGUCACAAGAUGAGAAGUUUCUGAUAAACUUCUUUCCCGAAAGCUUAACUGGAGCCGCAUUGACUUGGUACAUGCAACUAGACCAAACCAAGAUUAAAAGAUGGAAAGACCUUGUGGAUGUUUUCAUGAGACAAUACAAGUUCAAUCUUGAUACUGCUCCGACCAGAGAACAAUUGAAAGCAAUGACCAAGAAAUCAUUAGAGUCAUUCAAAGAAUAUGCUCAAAGAUGGAGAAUAGUGGCUUCGCAAGUGCAACCUCCAAUGGUUAAUUCCGAACUUUGCUCGUACUUCAUCCGUGCGUUGCCUAAGCCAUUUUACCAACACAUGAUAGGAACACAUGUCACUGAUUUUGCUGAUUUAAUGGUAAUUGGGGAAAGGAUUGACAUAGACAUACGAGAAGGGAAGAUAGCCACUUCUCAAGCUGAAAGUAGUUCACGAAAGAACUAUGACCAAAAAAAGAAAGAAGGGAAUGUGAACUAUAUUCAACCUAUAAGACAAGCAGCUACCAAUUCUCAAGUCCCUUAUCAAGUAGAGGGAAGGAAUCAAAGACAGCAACAAUUUGGGUUCAGGCCUAACAAGCAUGGACAGGAUGGAGAGAGGAGAAAUGUCCAAUCCAGGGAUAGUCGCCCAUGGCCCAAUUUUGGAUUAACAAAUGCUGAAUUGUACCAUAAACUUUUGACAGCCCAAUUAUUAGGUCCGCGACCUUAUAAGCCUCUUGGUCCGCCUUACCCGGCAUGGUAUAAUCCAAAUGUUGUUUGUGAAUACCACAUGGGUGCACCUGGGCACUCAAUAGAAGACUGUGUGACGUUUAAAAGAAAUGUGCUAGACCUAGUUGAUUCUAACCAUAUCCAGCUUAAAGAAGAGGGAAGCUCUACCCUUACUACUGAUCCACUCCCAAAUCACGAAAAACGAGUCAACGCUAUUGAAGAAGAAGAUGCGUGCUUCAAAAGCUCCGCAAGAAUCAGGAUGCCUAUGAAUGAGCUUUAUGCUCAUUUAAAGGAGUAUGGCUAUAUGCGAGAAAUGCUCCUCACGAAUAAUAUCAGUGAUCAAAUGCCUGGAUACUGUGAAUAUCAUCAAGAGAAAAUAGGCCAUGACAUAGAAAGUUGUGAACAGUUUAAAGGAGCUGUUAGAAAAAUGAUGGCGUUAGGGAUCGUGUCUGUAAAGAGGGGAGACGCCAAAGUGUGCAUGGUAGAAAAAAAACAUGUUGAGCUUGUCAUUAAAAAUUUGAGCCCAAAAGAACGGGUUCAGGCAGUCUCUUUUGUGAUAAACAAAGCCUCUGCAGAUCUUGUACCUCACGUAAGACAACCAACAUUGACCAUAAGCACGCCUCAUCCCUUUCCCUAUGAAAGUGAUCGAGCAGUCCCGUGGAAAUAUCAAAGCAUUGUGGAGAACCACAAAAACCCAACGUUGAUUGCCGGGACAAGCAAUGAAAUGGCCAACCAAGGGGGUGUUACUCGAAGUGGAAAACCAUACUUACCAUCUUACAUUAGGAAAAUGGUAAAAGAGAAAAAUGCAAGUAUUAAUAGGCCAAAGGAAGACAAUCCUAAAGAAAUGGAAAAAUUAGAAGAUGAGUUUUUAUCGAUUAUGAAGCAAAGUGAUUACAGCAUUGUGGACCAAUUGAAGAAAACUCCAGCGCGUAUCUCCAUACUUUCUUUGAUUUUAAGUUCCGAAGCGCAUCGUCAAGCAUUGCAGGAAGUGUUGAAUCAAGCUUUUGUGCAGCCUAAUAUAACCCCUGAGAAGGUGGCAAGUGUAAUGAAUGUUGUAAAAGCCUCCUCUACCAUUUCCUUUUCGGAAGAGGAAGUUACAGAAACCGCUGUUCACCAAGCCAAGGCUUUGCACAUCACUUUGAAAUGUGAAGGGUUCAUAAUCGCAAGAGUAUUAAUUGAUGGAGGAUCAGCGUUAAAUGUCUUGCCGCUCUCCACAUUUGAAUCAUUAUCACUAGAAGCUUCAGGUGUACAUAAAAGUAAUAUUGUGGUAAGAGCAUUCGAUGGAUCAAGACGGGAAGUAUUAGGAUCCAUUUGUCUCUCCCUGGAGAUAGGGCCGAGCAGGUUUAAGGUGGAUUUCCAACUCAUGAACAUAGACCCAAGUUACACAAUGCUGCUAGGAAGGCCAUGGAUUCAUUCUGCUAGGGCUGUUCCUUCUACCUUACAUCAAAAGGUUAAGUUCAUCAGUGAUGGGAGAAUUAUAGCAGUUAAAGGAGAGGAGGAAAUCAUGGUGAGCAAACCAAGCUCACUCCCUUAUAUUGAGGCUGCAGAGAAAGAUUAUGGAGUUUCCUUUCAAAGCCUAGAGGUCGAGGGUAUUUGCGGUAGUACUCACAACAUCAAUUCCGUCGUGGCUAAAAUCAUGGCGAAGAGUGGGUUUAUGCCAGGGAAAGGUUUAGGCUCUCAUUUACAAGGAAUUACGUGUCCAAUUAAGGUUUUGGAUAAUUGUAAUCGCCAAGGGUUAGGGUAUGAGCCUACCCUGGAAGACCAGAUGAAAGACAAAGCAAGUUUGGCAAAUGGCAAAAAGGCCAGUAAAUUGGAGAUUCCACACAUUAAAGAAUCCUUCCCAGGCCCGUCCGAGGUGAUAUAUAAACCAGCUAUCUCAGUGAUCUCUUUUAAUGAAGAUGUACCAUGCAGAACAAGUGCCUCAAUUGCAGUCGAUGAUUCCAACAAAGUUCUGGCGAAUUGGGAGUUUGAAGAGGCCAAUGAUGUCAUUAGCUUAGAGUAA